AUUUAAUCUAACUCUAGAAAGCUCGCUUUAAAGACACAGGAUACGUUCAUAUAUUGACGCUGAUCACAACGUCCAAAACUGACAUUUUAACAUGAGAGUAAGAGCACUGUGUUGUUUCAGAGAGCGGUGGGAGCUGCUGGAGGAGGGUGGUAACUACGACAGAUGGCACUACGGCGUCAUCACUUAUGAGAGCAUGGUGGGAGGCUGGCUGCUGGGACUCAACGAGAACCAUGGUCAAGUGAUGGUGGAGCCUCUCGCUCCACCCAACCAUUAUUACCACCAAGAGGUCUACACCACACACAGCCUCCACGGCCUACUCAUCGUGAAGAACUACGGGAAGACUCACUUCCGACGCAGCAACAGAGACGGGCAGGAAGGAACACUGGUGCAACAAGAAGUCUUCAGCGACUGUCCUCUCCUCUUCCACUAUCUCUGUGUAUUUGAAAUCAACUCGGAUUCUGGGCUACAACUCGCGAUUGUUGAAGAUUCUGGGCUACAACACGCGAGUGUUGAAGAUUCUGGGCUACAACACGCGAUUGUUGAAGAUUCUGGGCUACAACACGCGAUUGUUGAAGAUUCUGGGCUACAACACGCGAUUGUUGAAGAUUCUGGGCUACAACACGCGAUUGUUGAAGAUUCUUUUGUGAACAGACAUUAUUUUUGCACUUUAACAGUGGAAGACUAAAUACUAUGACUGUUGAAAAUUUCCAUGUGUUUUCCAAAUAAACAUGUUGUAUUUGUCGGAUUA